UCCACCAAAUUAAAAAAAAAAAAUAGAAAGAAAAAAAAAAAUCCUGUGGCGCGCUGCCUGGUUCCCGGGAAGACUAGCCAGCACCAGGGGGUGGGGGAGUGCGAGCUGAAAGCUGCUGGAGAGUGAGCAGCCCUAGCAGGGAUGGACAUGAUGCUGUUGGUGCAGGGUGCUUGUUGCUCGAACCAGUGGCUGGCGGCGGUGCUCCUCAGCCUGUGCUGCCUGCUACCCUCCUGCCUCCCGGCUGGACAGAGUUUGGACCUCCCCUGGGCUGCUGUGCACAACAUGAUGGUCAGAAAAGGGGACACGGCGGUGCUUAGGUGUUAUUUGGAAGAUGGAGCUUCAAAGGGUGCCUGGCUGAACCGGUCAAGUAUUAUUUUUGCGGGAGGUGAUAAGUGGUCAGUGGAUCCUCGAGUUUCAAUUUCAACAUUGAAUAAAAGGGACUACAGCCUCCAGAUACAGAAUGUAGAUGUGACAGACGAUGGCCCAUACACAUGUUCUGUUCAGACUCAACAUACACCGAGAACAAUGCAGGUGCAUCUAACUGUGCAAGUUCCUCCGAAGAUAUAUGACAUCUCAAGUGAUAUGACCAUCAAUGAAGGAACCAAUGUCACCCUGACUUGUUUGGCCACUGGGAAACCAGAGCCUUCCAUUUCCUGGAGGCACAUCUCCCCAUCAGGUAAAGCAGAAAAGUAUCAGUGUUGCUCGUGCUGUUCAAUAUCCUCCUGUAACCUCACUUGUUCAGAAUCGAAACCAUUUGAAAAUGGACAAUAUUUGGACAUUUACGGAAUUACAAGGGACCAGGCUGGAGAAUAUGAAUGCAGUGCAGAAAAUGAUGUGUCAUUUCCAGAUGUGAAAAAAGUGAAAAUUGUCGUAAACUUUGCUCCUACGAUUCAGGAAAUUAAAUCUGGCACUGUGGCCCCGGGACGCAGCGGAUUGAUAAGAUGCGAAGGUGCAGGUGUGCCACCUCCGACCUUUGAAUGGUACAAAGGAGAGAAGAAGCUCUUCAGUGGCCAACAAGGAAUUAUUAUUCAGAAUUUUAGCACGAGAUCCAUUCUCACUGUUACCAAUGUGACACAGGAGCACUUCGGCAACUAUACUUGUGUGGCUGUCAACAAGCUAGGCACAACCAAUGCGAGCCUGCCUCUCAACCCUCCAAGUACAGCCCAGUAUGGAAUUACCGGGAGCGCUGACGUUCUUUUCUCCUGCUGGUACCUUGUGUUGACACUGUCCUCUUUCACCAGCCUAUUCUACCUGAAGAAUGCCAUUCUACAAUAAAUUUAAAGACCCAUAAAAGGCUUUUAAGGAUUCUCUGAAAGUGCUGAUGGCUGGAUCCAAUCUGGUACAGUUUGUUAAAAGCAGCGUGGGAUAUAAUCAGCAGUGCUUACAUGGGGAUGAUCGCCUUCUGUAGAAUUGCUCAUUAUGUAAAUACUUUAAUUCUACUCUUUUUUUGAUUAGCUACAUUACCUUGUGAAGCAGUACACAUUGUCCUUUUUUUAAGACGUGAAAGCUCUGAAAUUACUUUUAGAGGAUAUUAAUUGUGAUUUCAUGUUUGUAAUCUACAACUUUUCAAAAGCAUUCAGUCAUGGUCUGCUAGGUUGCAGGCUGUAGUUUACAAAAAACGAAUAUUGCAGUGAAUAUGUGAUUCUUUAAGGCUGCAAUACAAGCAUUCAUUUCCCUGUUUCAAU